AAAUUUAAAAUGUAAAGUGAUCAAUUUGCAGAAAAGUGUUAACGUUUACAUUUAAAGUGUUCAUUUUAUAAAUCAAAGUGGCACUUUCUAUUUAAACGUGUUCACUUUGACAUUUAAGAAUUUAGAAGUGUAAACAAGAUACAAGAAUGCCCAGUCAGGGUAAAAUUAUACCGGAAAACGACUUGCUGCGAAUGUUUGGCAACGAUAUCCAAAUUAAUGAGCAGGGUGAUUUAACGUACACGUGUGUUGAGGAAGAUACGGAUCUCCUUAAUCUGCUAAAGGAGUUUGAUCUGGAAACACUUUUUCUUGGCCUAAAAAAUGCUGGAAUAACUUUUCGAAGCUUAAAAUAUUUGUCGAAAGAAGACAUUGCGGAAGCAGUAAAAAAUAUAGGUCUUCGAGCAGAGUUUAGAGAAAAGUUGUUUUUCUGGCGCAAGUCAAAGUUUGGAAUAGAAGACGAAACGUUGAGCCAGACUUCAAAAGUUGUUGGUUGGCUAGACAAAAACCGUCACAAAGAUUCACCUUGUUCUUCAAAUAAUUCAAUAAGAAACGCAUUUGGAUCACAGGAGCGUCAACAACGACAAUCACAAUUGGCUUGUCUGUGUACACUCGCUGGUCCAGCGCGUGAUAACAAUGCCAGCAUAGCAGUGUGCCUAAGUGGUGACAUUGUCCUUAACAGCAGCAAAUGA